AUGGCCACCCUGCAGAAAUCUGACAGCCUUUCCCUCAUGGGGACUCUGGCAGCCAGCUGCCUCCUCCUGAUUGCCCUCUCAGUGCCUGGAGGAGAAGCUGCACCCAUUGGGUCUCUCUGCAAGCUUGACAAGGCCGAAUUCACAGAGUACAUCACCAACUACACCUACCUGCUGUUCAAGGAGGCUGCUUCAGAGGAUAAGAACACAGAUGUUCGGCUCAUUUGGGACAUCAAACUGUUUCGACACGUCAUAAAGACAGAGCGCUGCUACCUGAUGAAGCAGGUGCUGAACUUCACCCUUGAAGAACUGCUGAUGCCAUUCUCACAGGAAUCAUCCAGAUUCCUGCCCUACAUGCCGGAGGUAGUGUCCUUCCUGAAGAGACUCAGCAACAAACUAAACCAAUGCCACAUUGAAAGCAAAAACCCACAUAUCCAGAAAAAUGUGCAAGAGCUGAAGGACACAGUGAAAAAGCUUGGAGAGAGUGCCAAGACCAAGGUAACUGGAGAAGUGAAUCUUCUGUUUGAAAUGCUGAGAAAGAGUUGUGCUGAUCAGAAGGAAGCUGGAAACUAG